UGACCAGGCAAUGAAGCAGUUCCUUUUGCAUCUUGAUGAAACACUGGCAUUAGGGAAGAAGUUUAUUAUCCAGGAUUUGGAUGAAACACAUCUUUUUAUAUCGGCUGAUAUUGUUGAGGUUCUUCAAGCUCGUGUUGAUGAUCUAAUGGACCAGAUAAGUUUCCCCUUGGCUGACAGAGGGUUGUAAGAAUUGAACAAUUGUGAUUGCUUUCAUUACAUUUCACCAUGGCAUCUGCAAGAGAAUCAGGACGGCUGAAAGAUGCCAAUCAGAAAAGGGUACUAGAUGAAGCUGCACGUCACAGGAGGGCCAGAAAAGCCCUUGAAGCUCUUGAACAAGAUAAUUUCCAUGAAGAUCCACAUGCUGACCUUGUGAUGAGCAAAAAAGUCCCAAAAUUUCAAGAAACUCUCGAAUCUCGUGGUGGAAGAAGAAAGAAGACCAAAAGUGCUGAAUAUUACAAGCUAAGGUUUCGCAAAACAUUUGCCCAGUUGGUUGAGGAAGAUCGAAAUAUUAACCCACAACCACCAAAUUAUAUGUCGGCUCAGGCACCACCAUCAAGGUUCCCAGAAAGACACUUUUGUGCUGUGUGUGGAUUUCCCAGCAAUUAUACCUGUAUUCCAUGUGGCGCAAGAUAUUGCAGUAUUCGAUGUUUAGGUACACAUCUUGACACUCGCUGUCUGAAAUGGACAGCUUAGGAAUCUUCUUGGAAAAUUUUGGAAAACAACACUACUCUUUUUCCUGAGUUAUUGGAGAAGUUUUUAGUUUUAUUCAGUGAAAAAGUUCCAUUGUAACUGAUUUCUUAAUUGGAAGUAUACUGAUAUAUUGUGUAAACAUUAGUAUUAAUAUUGAUAAUUUCUUUUCUUGUGUAUGUGUAAUUUUGCUUGCUUGUAUGCAGCCUUUGGUGUUAGUAAAUAAAAUAGUAAUUUUGCUGAGUACUAACCUGUUUCUAAGUGUUAAAUCAUAGUUUACUUCACUGUAUUGUCUUAGUUGUGUUUUGGUAUUGCUUCCUGCAGUGUCCUUGUAAAAUAUUACACAUUAAUACAUUUUUAAUAAAUUAAGUGAAUUUGCAAUGAGCAGUUCACUGUUUCAGGUAA